UUGUUCCCACAUCACCGUGGAUCUGAACUAUUCAUCCCACGACUUCAUUUAGGGCACAGGCAACCUGAUUUGUGAUGGUCUAGAUAUCGCAGGAUCUGAGUCAUAGAACUAUCUCCUUCCUGCCAACGUUUCUGACUUUUCGACGUCCUCUAUCUGUUGAUUCCCUAAGAUGGAAAAGAAGACAUGGGUAAUGCUUGAGAACAAUCCCGAUGUAAUGAACCAAUUGGCAGCGAAGUUGGGUCUAUCGUCCAAGCUCCAAUUCUACGACGUUUAUUCCCUGGAUGAACUCGAACACCUCGCACAUAUCCCUCGGCCUGCCCUAGCUCUGCUGGUCAUCAUUCCACUUACACCAGCUUGGGAUCGAAGUCGCAAGGCCGAAGACGCUAACGAAGAACCCUACACUGGCUCCGGUCCUGACGAGCCGGUCAUCUGGUUCAAGCAGACUAUCGGCCACGCCUGCGGCUCGAUUGGUCUGCUACAUAGCUUGAUUAAUGGUCCGGCCGUCGGCUUUAUCAAGCGUGAUUCCGAUCUUGCGGCGAUACGAAGCCUCGCCAUACCGCUGGACAUGACCAAACGCGCCGAAUUGCUGUAUAACAGCGAGCCAUUCGAACUUGCUCACAAGUCGGUCGAGCUGGCCGGCGACAGCUAUGCGGAUCUGACAGGUGAGCUUGAAGGUGGGCAUUUUGUGAGUUUUGUCAAGAGCGGUGGGAAGCUCUGGGAGCUUGAAGGGUCGAGGAAGGGUCCUCUGGAGAGAGGAAGUCUUGCUGAUGACGAGGACGUUCUCAGUGCGCGAGCGCUUGACAUGGGCAUCAAGAGGAUCAUCAAGUUGAACGCGGAUGAAGGAGGGGACAGCCUUGGUUUUAGCUGCAUUGCUUUGGCUCGCAAACCUUAGGAUGAGACUCGAGAAGACAUUGUCUUGCUACCCAGAUCUACACGAGACCAGAACGCACACUCAAAUCUCUCUACGUUAUAGCGCGAGAGAAAUGGGCUGC